AUGGUCCUGCAUGCAUUCCAAAAAGAAGUCCAGAUCCUGAAAAGAUUAAGUGGAGAUGUCCACCAACAUCUCGUUUCUCUAUUUGCGAUGUUCGAACGAGAUGGGACGUUCUACCUCAUAGUCCCUUGGGCAGGAGCUGGUUUGAAAACUUACUGGGAAUACGAGAACCAAAGGCCGGUACUCAACGCUAGCACCGUCACCUAA